AUGAUAAAGGAUACUUCUGGUUAUAUGGGCGACAAAAGUGCUCCUUCUUUUACUUCAGCUAUGAGAUCCAUGGUCAGACCUUUCUUUAUGAAAGUCCAUCCAGAUACUCAGACUUCUACGACUGCAAAAGACGUCAACUUGGUGGCCAUUCAGAAUCUCAAUGCCUUUUUGGAUUCGGUCCAAGCCAAACUAAAACCCGGGGCUAGGCAACAGCGAAAUGAAAAAAAUGUCUUUCGCGUGGAUUUCUGUGUCAUGAUGGAAGAACAGGUGCGUGGCAAAAAGGAAGAGAUUCUGUGCCGGCGAACGGUCGAGUUAUCACGACCAAGGAAACAAGUCUUGGAAGCCAUUUUGACACCUACUAGAAGCAACAAAGCUAAGGCACAUUUCAAGGACACAUUGAAAAACAGACUACCCUGGAAGAAGAUAUUCAAAAUGCUUUGUUGCACAGCUGUUCAAGAGGGCGAAGAUCCCAAUAGUCAAAUCUCCCAUGCCAAGAUACAAUUUGCAAGGCAACAAAAGUAUGAACGCAAUCGAGAUGAAAUCGUUUCCAGAAUUGAUUGGAACCGAUACGAGGAAAUAUACAAGGAAACAGUGAGAGAUGUACAGGCCAAUAUGGCCACGGACGGAUUGAUUCGAGAUGAUCCACAUCGACGCAUGGCACAUAUUGCCGAGAUGCUUUCCAAGGUUCGUGUAGCAGAAGAACAAGAGCAUCAGCCAAAUGAUAUAAGAGAGGGUGUGGAUCCCAUCAUGCAGCUGGUGGCUAUAAGGAGAUUAUCAUUGUUGCUCGAUGAACAGUUUGACGAACUGCAGUUGGAAAACCUUGGCAGAAUGUGGGAAUCUGCAGUCAUUACAUUGAUGCCAGCAAGAAGUUUCAACACUUCUGCCUCUGCACUCUACAAACAACGGAAACGUCAAUCCAAAGGAGACAUAAUGGCCAAUGAUGGAUUUGCCAUUUCUCUGCACCAUGACAACAGUGUCACAAUUCGCAUACCAGUCGUUUUUAGGGACGGAGAACUCUUGUCGCAUCUGAGACGUCAUGUCAAGGAUUAUGCAAGCUUGAUGUCAUUAGGAUUGGAUGGCUUCUUUCCUCGAUCUUCUUCCGCUGCCAAUGAAUUUGUGUAA